UUAAGAACAGGUGCUAAACAAUGAAGUUCAGAGUUUUGACAACCCUUUUUCUCCUCACAUUUGCAAAUGGAACAUGGGAAUAUGAUCAUUUUAUUCACCAGGAUUCUUUGAUAGUAGCUGAACUUGGAAGUGUUGUGAUUAUACCCUGCUCUCAUUCAGACGACUUUAUAAAUACUGUUUUAUGGUAUAAACAUUCUGUUGGAAAGAAACCACUUCUCAUAGCGUAUUCAGAACAUGGCUCUGAAAGUGUUACAUAUGAAAAUGGCUUUGACAAUCCAAACCGAUACUUUAUCAGAUCAGAAACUGACUCUAUUAAUUUGACCAUUAAACACUUGGAAGAAUAUGAUUUUGCAACCUACUAUUGUGGUGUGAGUUUCUUGAACAUAAUUAAAUUUGGAGAAGGCACGAUUCUUCUACGUAAAGAGGGUGAUGAAAUGAUAAGGACCACGGUUCUCCAGCAGCCUGUAUCUGACAGACUUCAUUCAGGAGAUUCAGUGACUCUGCAGUGUUCAGUCAUCGGUCAGAUCUGUGCAGGAGAAUACAGCGUCUACUGGUUCAGACAUUCAUCAGGACAUUCUGAUCCAGGAAUCAUUUACGCCCAUGAUAACAGCAGUGAUCAGUGCAUGGAGAGAUCAGAGAGUGCCUCUUCUACCCAGAGCUGUGUCUACAGUCUCUCUCAGACUGAACUCACACCAACUGAUACUGGAGUUUAUUACUGUGCUGUUGCCACAUGUGGGAAGAUACACUUGGGAAAUGGAACUAAGCUGAAUAUUGAAGCUUUCACUUUCAGGAAUCCAGUUGUUUUAACCCUGUUCAUAAUCAGUCUAAUAGCCGUUAUUGUGAACAUAUUUCUGGUGAAAUUGAUUCACAAGAUGCACAAAAAAGAGACUUCAAAACAACCCAGAAAUCAAAGGAAUCAGACUGAGGAAACAGAUGCCUUAAAUUAUGCAGCCUUGAGUCUUUCCAAAAAGCCUACAACCUCAAAAAGAUCUUCAGGGAAAACCAGCCAAGAAGAAACUGUUUAUUCAUCGAUUACAGUGCAAUAGUUUAGAUAAUUAUACUGAUGCUAAAAAACUG